AUUAUACUGCAGUUUAUUCUAUUUAUAUAAUUAUCUAUAAAUAUUACUUUUUACAGCAGAAAAGUUUAAUGUCUUUUAGCACAUUUAAACAGUUCCUCGAAUGAACUCUACCGACAGAGUGUGUACAGACUUAACACAUUACAUAGACACUAUGAACAACCCUGAGGAAAGCAGCAGCCAGGCUCAUAUAAUAAAGGAGGAGGUUACAGCGACUGGAAAGUGGGUGAAGCUUGAGAAGACUACUUAUGUGGAUCCGUCCGGAAACACCAGAAUAUGGGAGACGGUGAAAAGAACAACGAGACCAGUCAACUGUGCUACAGACGGAGUGGGAAUCAUCGCCAUCCUGAAGAGAACUCUACAUAAGGAUUGUGUGGUGUUGGUGAAACAGUUCAGGCCACCAAUGGGAUGCUACACUCUGGAGUUUCCUGCAGGGCUGAUAGAUGACAACGAGAACGCCGAGACGGCUGCUCUGAGAGAGCUGAAAGAGGAGACGGGGUACAAGGGCGAGGUGGUGGGAGUCACGCCAGUCACAUGUCUUGAUCCGGGUCUGUCGAACUGCAGCACGCAGAUCGUGAUGGUUAACAUUAACGGCGAUGAUAUUGAGAAUAUAAACCCCACGCAGCAGCUUGGUGAUGGAGAAUUUGUCGACGUGAUUCUUCUACCUUUAGAUGAAUUUCAGAAGAAAAUAAAUGAGUUACUAAAGAAGGAGAAACUUGUGGUGGAUUCCAAAGUGUACAUUUACGCCAUGGGAAUGUCCCAAGCCUUCUUUAAACCCAACGAGCUCCCGGUGCUCAAACAGUGAGGCAGGAAAUGCACCAGUCCUCCACAGUUAGAAACGGUACAGCUGGAGUUAUACGUGCAGGUCUGAGUGCUGAUCAUCAGCUGGUGAGAGUGAGUGGGUUUUAGCAGAACUGUAUAAAUGGGUUAACACAUUUGACUUGAACAUUCCUUAACACUAAUAGCACUGACUAAACUGUUUACGAGUCUAUUAGUAAUGAUAAAUAGUUGCAUGUAGGACCAAUUUGCGAGCGGUUAUAUACUGCGAGAUCUUAAUUCUGAUGCACUCAGAAGUAAAAUUAUACAGUAGCAUUGCUGUGAUUUAAGGCCAAAAGGCUGAUGUGUUAUCUGCUGGGAUGAGCAAAUAGCUGUAGAGUUCACUGUACUGUUCAGAUGCUGUUACUUUCAAAUGCAAACACAAGCAGCUGUGUUCCAGUUGUAUUAACUUUUAUCUAAUAAACUGCCUGUUAACA